AUGCUAUUGAAAACCUCGAAUAUCAAUAAAAUAUUUUUAAUUCUAGAAUUAACGCAAAUACCAUUUGCAUACAAUUUAAUUUACACGGUUCUUAUAGUUUCAUUGGUUAUCAUUAUCUGUAAUUUUAUUGGAUGUGCAUACAUUAUUUUACGUACAUACCUAAGAUGGAGGAAAUCUCGUUCAGCAAUUCCUAUGUCACUUAGAUUUCCAUAUUAUAUUGCUUUGACAGGUAAAUUAGGGUAUGGUGCAGCCUAUAGAGAGCCUCUAGAAUCUCCGGCUUGUGAAGUAAUUAGUUCAUUAUUAGUUUUUUCAACAGCUUUAACUAUACAUUUGGUUGCUGCUAUAUCAGUCACUACCUGGUUGAGAGUGGUUAGAGAAGUGAAUAUUGAUUUUGGGAAGUACGAUUAUAAAUUAUGGGUACCAGUAUUUUCAAUAGCUAUCAUUGAUAUGUCACUUUCAGUUCGUGGUACUCCAAAACAGAAAUAUUGGUGUGCACCUGAUGAAAGCAAUGAAAUUUUUUCAACGAUGAUUGUUGUGUCAAUAUUAUCAUUAUUAUCGAUUAUAAUAUUUUGUUAUCUUUAUGUUUUAAUUUUAAUUAAAAAGGCUGAUCAUAACAGUAGUAUUAGUAAUGGUAGCGAAGGUACAACAAUAAGCAAUAGUUUAUUAAAAGAUAAACUUGAAAGAAAGGUUUACAAAAAAGUUAUGACCUAUAUUUUAGUGUUUAUUUUACAAUAUACUUCUGCCUUGAUUAAUAAGAUAGCAAACCUUUUGAAUCAUAAAUAUGAACUUUUAGCUAUAAUUGCUCUAGUAGGUCGGUAUGUGGCAAAAUGGAGGCCAGUCCCUAUAUCGGAAUCCAAAAAUGUAACGUCUGGACGCAUAUUCAUCAAGUAUUCAAAAAUCGCAACAUUUAGGGGCACAUAUUCUUCCAAAAAAUUGCAGGCAUAUGGUGUUCAAAACUUUAUGGCACCAAAAAUUGUGGCUAAUAAGGCAAACUUUGGAUCUCAAACAAUUUAUGACACCAAUUAUGAAUUAAAUAUAAUUGAGAAUGAAUGA